AUGUCUCAAUCAUUGCGCCCGUACCUUCAAUGCGUUCGUUCCUCGCUUACCGCUGCCCUUGCGAUCUCGAACUUCGCCUCGCAAACCUCCGAAAGGCAUAAUGUUCCUGAAAUUGAGGCCCAGAGCUCCCCGGAACUCCUCCUUAACCCCCUCACAAUUUCUCGGAAUGAGAAUGAGAAAGUCCUGAUUGAGCCCAGCGUAAACAGUGUUCGCGUGAGCAUCAGAAUCAAGCAAGCAGACGAAAUUGAACAUAUCUUGGUCCACAAGUUCACCAGAUUCUUGACGCAACGGGCAGAAUCCUUCUUCAUCUUGCGAAGGAAACCAGUCAAGGUGAGCGACCAUAUGACCUUCAAGGUCGGAGCAACGAUAAAUUACUCAUCGCCGUUCCAGGGAUAUGACAUCUCGUUCUUGAUCACGAACUUCCAUACAGAAGCUAUGUUGAAGCACAAGCUGGUCGACUUUAUCAUUCAAUUCAUGGAAGAAGUGGAUAAGGAGAUAUCUGAGAUGAAGCUCUUCUUGAAUGCCCGUGCUCGAUUCGUCGCUGAGUCUUUCUUGACACCAUUUGACUGA